UUUUCUUGGGGAUCUACAUAAUGUUUCUUUUUAAAACAUUCUCUCUUCUAAUUUUAAAUAUUUUGCUGUUUAUUUUUAGUUUUUGUAAAGCAAAUAAAAAUGACCCAUCCAACCAAUCUACCUGCCCCAUAAAAGCUGGAACAUUCCAGUUUAGGUCAGGUAAAGCAGAGGGGUGGGGUGUGCUAACUGGAUAUAUAAGGGGCGUACUUCUGGAACCGGGGAAAAAAAAAUCAGAAUCAAUUUGAUUCUGAUCUUUGAGAAAAAAAAUAUUCUGCCAUGGCUCAACUGACAAUCCUGACAGUACUGUCAGUUCUGAUAUGUCUUCAAACUGCGUCUUCCACCAAACUGGUCUGCUACUUCACCAAUUGGUCCCAGUAUAGACCUGGUCUUGGCAAAUACCUGCCAGAAAACGUAGACCCUCAUCUGUGUACACACCUGAUCUAUGCCUUUGCUGUUAUCAGCUCUUCAAAUGAAAUCAAAACCUUUGAAUGGAAUGAUGAGACUUUGUAUAAAUCCUUCAAUGAACUCAAACACAGAAAUCCUCAGCUGAAGACUCUGUUAGCUGUUGGUGGAGCAACCUUUGGAUCAACACAAUUCACCAUCAUGGUUUCCACUCCUGCCAACCGUGAGACCUUCAUCCAGUCCUCUAUCAGAUUCUUGAGACGUCACGGCUUUGAUGGGUUAGACCUGGACUGGGAAUAUCCUGGGUCACGAGGUAGCCCCCCUGAGGACAAAAGGAGGUUCACAUUGCUUUGCCAGGAAUUACUUGCUGCCUUUGAAAGAGAAGCAGCUGAAACCAAAAGGCCACGACUGCUGCUCACAGCUGCAGUGUCUGCUGGGAAGAGAGUCAUAGAUAGCGGUUAUGAGAUUGCUGAUAUCUCUAAGGUUCUGGACUCAGUGUUUGUCAUGACCUAUGACCUCCAUGGAGCCUGGGAUCCAUUCACUGGCCACAACAGUCCUUUGUACCGCAGCUCUUUUGACUACGGCGACAACAUUUACUACAACACAGACUUUGCCAUGAAGUAUUGGAGGGACCAGGGAGCCCCUCCCGAAAAGCUGCUGGUUGGCUUUGCAACGUACGGACGCUCAUUCUGGAUGUCAACUUCUGCUAGUGGUGUGGGAGCGCCAGCCGGCGGACCAGCCUCUGCUGGACCGUACACCCGGGAAGCUGGAAUUCUGUCCUACUAUGAAGUUUGCACUUUCCUACAAGGGGCCAGUUUACACUGGAUUGAUGAGCAAAUGGUACCCUAUGCUGUAAAAGGCAGAGAGUGGGUGGGGUUUGAUAACAGGCGGAGCUUUGAAAUCAAGGCACAGUACAUUAAGGACAACAAGUUUGGAGGAGCACUCGUGUGGGCUCUGGAUUCUGAUGACUUCACAGGACAGUUCUGCGGUCAGGGAAACUAUCCCCUCGUUGGUUAUCUCCGUUCUCUCCUGGAUUCAGAUUUGCCACCUGCAUCUACACAACCACCACCGACAACAACAAACCAUUCUGGACACACAACUACAACAUCAACCACCUCUAAUGCCAAAACCACAACGACUCCUGGCUCUGGAAGUGGUUUUUGCUCUGGAAAAGUUGAUGGCUUCUACAAAAAUUACAAUGAUGACAGCACUUUCUAUCAAUGUGUUCAGGGAAACACAUACUUGCUUAGAUGCCCUCAUAGUCUGGUUUACAAUGAGCUGUGCAAAUGUUGUGACUGGAAAUAAAUUACUAUGUUAAAGAUCGAUUUUGUGCUUUGGGGCAAUGAUAAAGCUUUUUUUUCCCCCGAAAUAUUAAAAUGUGUCAAAAAUGGAAUAUGUCUUUUGUGGACCCUCCCUUUGCCUUAAGUCCAGCAACAGCGUGACCCCAAAAGGAAUUAAGCAGGUUUGGAAAAUAAAUGGAAACUUUAGCAAUGAA